UAUUUCAUAGUACAAUAUUUAAAAUUAUUUUCCUAGCUCCCCCAGAAUGGUUAAAGGAACCAAUAAACGCAGUGGGAAAAGAGGGAGAAAGAUUAGUGUUAGAGUGUCAAGCAAGAGGGGUUCCACAACCAACAAUCACUUGGACAACAGAUGGUAAAAAUUCUCCUGUAUCGAAUGAUGCCGGAUCUCAGAUUCGAGUUCUGCCAACAGGUUCUCUAAUCAUAAGCAGUCUAGACUCUUCAAUGCAAGGACAGUAUACUUGUGUAGCAGACAACGGGUUAGGAGAUUCUUUGAAAAAGCAAAUUUCCAUAUCUGUAAGGGGUGAGUUUUUGAAACAUUCACUCUUAGUUGCUUUUCAUGAUUAAUAUACAUAUUCAUUGUUCGUCUAGCUUUGCUUUUUUACAUAUAUUGAUU